AUGGAAUUCAACGAUCAAGAUAUAAAGAAUCUUCCAAUUCAUCCCACAGCCGCCAGACUCGAUGGCGGGUUUAAAGUCGACUCACCUCAUGUCAGGUACGAUGACGCGGGAAUACACACGACAUACACCCAGACCACAUCCUCCGUCCAGCAGACUCCCCACGGUGUCCGCGUUACUCCACAAUCCAAGGCCUGGAAGUUUGACACUUGCACAAAGCCAAAGAAGACCGGACUCAUGAUGGUUGGUAUUGGCGGCAACAACGGCACGAGUCUCGUUGCAACCAUCCUCGCAAACCGUCAUAACAUUUCUUGGCACACUAAGACAGGCGUCCAGUCUCCGAACUACAUCGGCUCACUUACUAUGGCAUCUACUGUUCGUGUGGGUACCGAUGACAAAGGCAAGGACGUCAACCUCCCUUGGGGUGAAAUUCUUCCUCUCGUACACCCAAAUGACAUUGUUUUGGGCGGGUGGGACAUUUCAAGUGCUCCACUCGAUCAAGCUAUGCGCAGAGCAAGUGUUCUCGACUGGGACCUCCAAAGACAGGUUGCGCCUUACAUGAAAGAUUUCAAGCCGUUGCCCUCUAUCUACUACCCAGAGUACAUAGCUACAAACCAGUCUUCGCGCGCAGACAACGUAAUUAACAAGGAUGCAUUCCCCAACAAGAAGGACCACCUUGAGAAGAUCAGAACGGACAUACGCCAAUUCAAGGCUGAGAACGAUUUGGACACAGUUAUUGUCUGUUGGACAGCCAACACUGAACGCUUCUCUAGCAUUGUCAAGGGCAAGAACGACACUGCAGACAAUCUCCUCAAGAGUGUUGAUGAGAAUUAUGAAGAGAUCAGUCCAUCGACCAUCUUCGCACUGGCAUCUAUUCUCGAGGAUGCACCAUUCAUCAACGGAGCACCACAAAACACACUCAUCCCAUCAGUUGUAGAGUUUGCUGAGCGCAAAGGGGCCUUCCUUGGCGGCGAUGACUUGAAGACAGGCCAAACUAAAGUCAAGUCAGUCCUUGCUGAGUAUCUCGUCAACGCUGGUCUCAAGCCGCUUUCGAUAGCCUCAUACAACCACCUUGGCAACAACGACGGGCAUAAUCUAUCUGAAGAUCCGCAAUUCAAAUCCAAGGAGAUCUCCAAGAGGAGUGUGGUUGAUGAUAUGGUGGAUGCUAACGGUCUGCUCUACCAGCAAGGCGAGCAUCCGGAUCACAUAGUAGUGAUCAAGUAUCUCCCCGCCGUCGGCGAUGACAAGCGUGCGGUUGAUGAGUACAACAGCGAGAUCAUGAUGGGUGGUCGCAACGUAAUCUCACUAUUCAAUGUGUGCGAGGAUAGUUUGUUGGCUACGCCGCUCUUGCUCGACCUUGCUAUCUGGACUGAGCUCUUCACGCGCGUCAAGGUGACACCACCUGGUAAAGACCAAGGACAGCGCAUGCAUUCCGUUCUCAGCCUCCUGUCAUACAUGCUCAAGGCCCCGCUGACUAAACCGGGCCACGACGUCGUUAACGCGCUAGGAAGACAGAGAGGCAGCCUCGAAGCCUUCGUGUUGGCUCUGGUGGGACUCAACUCUUUCAAUCUCAACUUGGAUGCUGUUGUCUAA